GGACACUAAGGUCACGAUUGGCAGAGGUGGGAAAGGGCAAGGAAAGAUCAGGGUCGUGGUGCGAUGCAACCACUGCUGCUAUGGUGAGACUCCGGGCUCUGGGCAGCUACCUAGGAUUGUUGGCUCUCGGGACCACCAGCCGGUCCGACGCCAGCGUAACCUGUGGGAAGAGGCGUCAGACCCUCUGGACUGGCGGUGGUUGGGAGCCACCUUGCGGGACCGCAAGCAAGCUGCUGGAGCCUGGAGGCAAGAUGGAGCCACCGCGGGAGGAAGAGCGCGAGCCCGAGCCUGAGCCUGAGCCGGAGCGCGAGCCCGAGCCCGAGCUGGUGCGCGAGCCUGAAUCGGAGCGCGAGCGCCAAGAGGCUAAGAUCAGCGGACUGGAGAGGUGAAGAUGCGCAGCGCACUAGAGCGAGUACAGCCCCAGCCGCUCUGGCCGCCCACUCCUCAUCUUCUCUGCAGAAACCCUGAGGAUUGAGCUCGAGAGGGAAGGGGAGCUCUCUGCUCCACGCCCCGGGAUUCCCCUCUUUCCCGGGGUGGCUCUUGAUUCCCCAAGACUCCAGGGUGCGUUCAGUGUGCUGAUUUCACGGGACUCUUUCCUCCUUCUUCCCCUCGUUCCUUUCUCCGGGCUCUCUCCCGCCUUCAGACCUUUGCUCUCAGAAGGGAGCAGUUCUGUUGUCCCAAGUCUCCAGUAAAGUAGGACAGCAAGGGGGUGGGCCCAAGUCUUGGGCUUCACAGGUUAUUAAAAAGCCUCGGUUCACCCCCAGCUGCUACUACUACUGCUACUACUUUUGGAGCCCCGCGGGGCUGCGUUGAAUUGCUGCAGGUUGCGGUCGCUGGUGCCUUCUUCCUCUGCAGAUAAUGUACAGAUAAUAUUUUUGGGGGGAUUUUUUGAGGGUUAUCGGGGAAUAUUUGGAGGAGACUGGACGCAAACCCCAUCUUGGUUGCUGAUUACCUUGUUAAAUCUCCUCUGUAAUGGAAAACAUAUCUUCAACAAACAAUAUGGAAGAAAAGCAAAAUGAAAGCCAGAAUUUUAGAACAAGUAAUAGCUGCCUCUCUGAAGAAGUGGGAACAUGUAAGGAAUCAACCAGAUGUAGCAGAAAUGAUGCUGAGAAAUCAUUCAGAAAAAGCUUCAGACUAGACUAUAGAUUAGAGGAACCUGUAACUAAGUCACAGAAAGGAAAGGAUGGAAGAUACAUCAACCCUUGGCCAACAUGGAAACAUCCAUCUCUUCCAAGUGUUCUGAAAUGGAUAAUAAUGGAAAAAGAUAACAGCAAAAUUCCACGUUGUAAAGAGGAAUUGGACAAAGAACUUCCAGUGCUUAAGCCCUAUUUUGUUGACAAACCUGAACAUGUUGGAAUGAAGAAAGGUGGUUUACGCGUCACCUGGCUUGGACAUGCAUCAGUUUUGGUGGAAAUGGAUGAAAUAAUAUUUCUCACUGACCCUAUUUUCAGUAUGCGGGCUUCAUUGAUGCAGUUCAUUGGUCCAAAACGCUUUCGCCAUCCACCAUGUACAGUAAAUCAGCUUCCCAAAAUAGAUGCAGUUCUAAUCAGUCAUACCCACUAUGACCACUUGGACUAUAACACUGUACUUAGUUUAAAUGAGCGCUUUGGCUGUGAGCUGAGAUGGUUUGUACCUAUAGGUCUCUUAGAGUGGAUGCAGAAUUGUGGCUGUGAGAAUGUGAUUGAGCUGGACUGGUGGGAAGAGAACUGUAUUCCUGGACAUGAUGAUGUUACCUUUGUCUUUACACCUUCCCAACACUGGUGUAAAAGGACUCCGAUAGAUGACAAUAAAGUUUUGUGGGGCAGCUGGUCUGUCCUGGGGCCUUGGAAUAGAUUUUUUUUUGCAGGAGACACUGGUUAUUGUACCGCUUUUGAAGAGAUAGGAAAACGAUUUGGACCUUUUGAUCUUGCGGCUAUUCCCAUUGGUGCUUAUGAACCAAGGUGGUUUAUGAAAUAUCAGCAUGUAGACCCUGAAGAAGCUGUAAGGAUUCACAUUGAUGUUCAAGCCAAGAAGUCUGUAGCUAUUCACUGGGGAACCUUUGCCUUAGCAAAUGAGUAUUACUUGGAUCCUCCUAUGAAAUUGAAAGAAUCUCUAGAGAGGUAUGGAAUCAACAAUGAAGAUUUUUUCGUCUUGAAGCAUGGAGAAUCAAAAGACAUAAAGACUGAUGAGGAAAACCUUGACUAAAUAUGGAUGAUAAGGUCUGGGAAUAAAUAUAUAUAUCGAAAGACUUUUGAAAAAGACCUCAUGCCAGAUUUAAAAUAGCAAAAGAAAAUGCAAAAUUAAGAAAUUCAGAAAAGAUAAUUUCCUUUUAAAUUUAGAAAUAGAUCUUUCCAGCUUUGCAUUUUACUUUGUAAUUAUUUGCACAGAUUAGUUAAUUUAUACUUUAAAGUAUUACAGAGUGAUUAAAAUAAUUUGAUUGAGUAAUGGAUGGCAUUUAAAUGUUCUCUCUUUAAAGUGAGAACAUUGCAGUGGAAGCUUUUUAAAAAAAUACCAAUUUAAAGAAGUCAUGUAUAGAUUGGGUUCCAUUUCCAGAAGCUGUAAAAGGUUUAUUCCUUUGCUUCAGUUCCUUUUUUUUUUAUAUAAGGUGAAUCAAAAUUCCCUGCACAGAUAUAUUUUAAGAACCCUGAGCAGUAAAUAUAAUCCCCCUAACCACAACAGUACUUUUGUUACUAAAUCAACAUACAUCUCCAACUAUGCCUUUUAUAACACACAUAAGUAGAGAUUUGGGUCUUGCUCGCUCUACUUUUUGGAGUUUUGUUUUUUAAAUAUGGAUAUAAUAUGCUCUAGUUGAAUUAGGAGGGAGGAGGUACAGAAUGAAGUACAGGGAGGGAAAUGAGAAAGCAUUAUCAGUGAAAACUUGUUUCUAAAAAUCAGGUCUUUCAUUAAGCACAAAUAUAUGACUGGCUACAUGGAAAUCAAUGUUUUUACAUAAUUUAUAUUUAUGUCUUUAUAAAGUAUAUUAAAAGACUAUCUUUCAUUUAGAUUUGAUCCUGCCCAUACACCAAUCCAUCUGUAAAAAAAUACCACUUGUCUAAAUUCUCCUUUUCAUUGAUCUUUGUAGUAAAUCCUAAAAAUAUCAAUAAGGUUAACAAAAAAAAAACAAAAAAACUUAGAAAUGUUAGGGGAACAGCUAUAUAGCUCAGUGGAUUGAGAGCCAAGUUUAGAGAAAGGAAGUCUUGGGUUCAAAUGUGGCCUGAGAUACUUCCUAACUGUGUGACCCUGGGCAAAUCACUUAACCCCUAUUGCCUAUCACUUACCAUUUCUGCCUUGGAACCAACACACAGUAUUGAAAGGUAAGGAUUUAAAAAAUGAUAAUAAUUAUCUUGUUAGACCAAAUAACUUGCAAACAGACUUUUCAUUAUAAGCAAGUUACUAUAAUAUAUACAUAUAAUAUCUUCUGCUAUAGUCUUACCUAAAUAAAAUUUCUGCAUGUAACAUUUCUAGAACAGUAUAUUUUAUGCCAAAUGUUCUGUACUUCAGGGAGUAACCAGUUAGUCCAUAGGCUGACAAAUCUGCAUGUAUGUAUAGAAGCACUAUGACCUGGCUGCAGAGCAUUGAAUGCCUGAAUUCUAGCUCUACCAUUGAUUUGAUUUUUUUGGGUAAUGUCAAAUAAGUCACCUAUGCCUCAGUGUCCUCUAAUAUGUGGAUAAAACUUUUUCCUUGCCUUCCAGGCAUACUGUGAAGAAUAAAUAUUAAAGUAAUAUUAAAACUACUUUGAAAACCUACAAGAGAAAAUGAUUAUUUAAGGUAUUUUGGUGUCUAAGCAACGGCACAUAGACCAAUGCUUCUGAAAAUGUACCAUGCCAAAUUUUUAGCAUCCAUAUCAGGAAAUGAAAAAUUGAGGGUGACCACACUCAUUGUAUAUUCCAAGAGUAACAGCCCAUAUCUAAUCAUUGGUUUAUUAUUAUUGCUGUAGGAAACUGUAUUUUAUUUUUGCCUACAAAGAUGCAAAGAGGAUUGUAUAAUAUUUUGACAUCAGUAACACAAAGUUAUCAACAUAUCUUGUAAUAAAUUUUCUAGAGACAAAAGUGUACAAGUAGGAACACCUUUAAUACAAAGUAAAAUUGUAUAGGAAGACCGGAAUAAAAAAGUAAGGUAAUUUUACAAUGGAAGUGCUGAGACCCUACCUUAACUCUUGACACCUAAUAGAAGGCAUCAUCUCGUUAGCCACUUUCCUGAUAUUAUAUACUGAACUAAAAGUUUAAAGAUUACAAAUGAAGCCUGCCUACCAUUUAAAUGCACAUUUCAUUUUAAUAUCUCUAUUCCAUAAGUCACCCGAGUAUGUUUUUAUUUAUAAUAGCACCUUUUAAAAGAUCUCCAAGCACUUUAGAACAGUCUAAUAAUUAUUCCCUUUAAAAACUCAUUUAAUUCAGACUUCCUUGUGAAAAUUUUGUUACUGUGUUCUAAUUGUUCUCACCUUUAAGGCUUAAUGAUAUUGUCUUUUUAGUCAUUAAAAUGUGGAGAAUUCUAUUUUAAGUUCAUAAUAAAUCACCUUCCAAUGAAUAACCAGAAUAUCUCUAAAUCUUUUAGCAUUUCUUUUCCAUUCUAAUAUUUGUCUUUUACCUUUGACACUUGGGAAGGCUGCUAUAUACAUGUUCAGUGAAGAAAGUUUUCAAAUUUUGAAAAGUGUAAAGGGUAAAUGAUAAUCAGUUAUUUCACUUUAUUCCUAAGUGGAACAAGGAGAGGUGCUUUUUGGGUUAAACCCAAUCUAUUGGGUUUAACUAAGGUAAAGUCAUAAUACUCUUUGGUUCAUUAGAAUACAUACUCAUCAGUGUUUUAUUGUUUUUUUUUUUGUCAUUUCCUCCCCAAAGUAAAAGACUCCCUUUCUUCUCAAAUGUUCUUUGUCUUCCUGAGAACUCUUGAUUCUAAUAAUUAGGGGAGAAAUCCUACGUAAUAAAAAAAACCACAGCAUUAUUCAAGAUGUGCCAUGAUGUCACAUGGCACAUGUUUCAAAUAUAGCCAAGUAAACUUAUCUUUUUCUGUAGCAUAUCCUUGUAAACUCCACUCCCUAUUUCCAUUUAGAUAUUUGGAGAAUGUCCUAAUUCAAGACAAUGCCUAGAACUGUAACACUCAGUUAUUCCAGUUUAUGAGUUUGGCAGAGGCAGGGAGAGAAUGAAUGAAAUAGAAUCAUGUCAGUCAUUGGUAAAGCAUGUUAAAACCAAAUGGCAGUUAUACUGAGGGCACAUAUUGCUUGUAUGUUUUCAUUAAUUGUGGAACAUGCAAGAAUAUAAUUUUAAAAUGUAGUAAAGAAAUGUGCCUUUAAAAAAAAGGGAUGUAACAAGUGAUUGCAUCACUCAUGUAUAAACUAUAACUCUGGCCAGAAUGUGUACAUUACUAUUCUCUCCCAUCUGGAAGUCUAUUUUUGACUUUAUGUAAUACUUUUCUAUUAUAAAUGUACUGUUAUUUUUAAGGUUUGAUUUGGGUCAACCUGAAAAACUCAGAUUUGUUCUCUAAUGGAUUCUUGAUUCUCUAGGCGAAGCAUUCUUAUAUCAAUGUAAUAUAAAAAUAAAUUUGAGGUAUUCUUUGGACAUCAUAAGCACAAGGAGAAAUAAAACUUAUGUCUAUCUUUUGGUUUCUUUUUUGCUAAGUAUAGUCUUGGUUUAUGAAUUUUAAUACUAUAAACCCAGAUGAAUAUAUCUGUAUCAACACAUUGCCAUAAUAGCUUAUGAAAAUAAACUUACUACAAGAA